GGCUUGUCCCCUCAGGCCCGGCUGGUCGCAGAGCGUCUGACUGGCUGAUCGGCGCCGGUCGGGCUGAGGGAUGUCUGGAAGCUCCUCGGGAAAACAGACGGUGCCGGCUGAGGUCACAGAUUGGUUGGCGCAUUCAUUUGGUGACUUCUUAGGAAACACAAGUAUUUCCCCCAGCGCUGUUCCUGUGAAGCCACUAGAAGACAACUCCGGUAGAAACCAGCAGCCGCAGCAAAAAGAUGUGUCUUCUGUGACAGAAAGCAGAAAAAGCAAAGUUCUGCCCAGAAAAAGAGCAAAGUCGUCUUCAGUAGAUCUACAUCGUAACAAGUCCAGACAAAACCAGAGCCAGUCUCAAGAAGAACCAUGGGUAGAUAGAUACAAACCUGAAACUCAGAAUGACCUUGCUGUGCAAAAGAAGAAGAUUGAAGAAGUUGAAGCCUGGUUAAAAAUACACUUAUUACAGAGGCAGCCAAAGAAGGGUGGCUCUGUUUUACUGCUGACUGGUCCUCCUGGUUGUGGAAAGACUGCAACUAUACAAAUAUUAGCAAAAGAUCUUGGUGUUCAGGUGCAAGAAUGGAUCAAUCCAAUAUCUUUAGACUUUGCAAAAGAAGACGUAAGAAAUAUGUUUGGCCAUGACUCGGAUUUUCAUAUGUGUCCGAGUCAGGCCCAGGCAGCUGUCUUUCAAGAUUUUCUAUUAAGAGCAAAUAAGUAUAACAAACUUCAGAUGCUUGGGGAGUCCUCAGAAAAUGAUAAAAAGCUCAUUCUUAUUGAAGACCUACCUAACCAAUUCUAUCGAGAGCCUAGAAGCCUACAUGAAAUUCUCAGGAGAUUUGUUCAUAUGAGUAGAUGUCCACUUAUAUUUAUUAUAUCAGACAACUUCAGUGGAGACAGCAAGCAGAGGUUAAUAUUCCCAGGGGACAUUCUAGAGGAGUUGCAUAUAUCCACUAUUAGUUUCAAGCCGGUUGCAACAACAAAUAUGAUGAAAGUUCUUAAUCGAAUUGCUGCAACAGAAGCUAGUUUGAAGAGAGGAAAGAAUUUUGCUCUUGACAAAACUUCUCUGGAGUUGCUCUGCAGAGGUUGUUCAGGUGAUAUAAGAAGUGCAAUAAACAGUCUUCAGUUUUCUUCUGUGAAAGACUGCUCACUGGAGAAAGAGUUUUGGUUGAAGAAGGAAAGGAGCUCCAUGGUAAAAUGUGAAGCAGCAGUAUCUAACGUAAGAAAGAAAAGUAAAGCUGAUAUUUCAGAAGACCAGGAGAUACAAGCUAUUGGUGGCAAAGAUGCUUCCAUUUUUCUUUUCCAUGCUCUGGGGAAGAUAAUUUACUGCAAAAGAGAACCAGUGUCAGAAUCAGAAUUCCCUCAGCUGCCUGCUCACUUAUCAGAAUACCGUCGGGACACCUUGCUUAUUCAGCCUGAGGAUAUUGUGGAAAAAUCACAUAUGUCAGGAAGCAUGUUUAAUUUAUACCUUCACCAGAACUAUGUAGACUUUUUUUCUGAUAUAGAUGAUGUAGUGAGAGCCAGUGAAUACUUAAGCACCGCUGAUGUCCUUUGCAGUAACUGGAGUGCACGUCUUGUGAUGGAAAAAUACAGUGCAUCAGUGGCUACCCGAGGGGUGAUACAUUCAAAUAUGUCCAGAGCCUUUGCCCAUCACCAAGGAGGGAUGGGAUUCCGCCCUUUACAUAAACCCCAGUGGUUCUUUAUCAGUAGAAAGUAUCAAGAAAAUUGCCUUGCUGCAAAAUCUCUCUUUUCAAGCUUCUGUUUACCACCUGAGUGUCUUCAGACUGAGCUAUUGCCUUAUCUUGCUAUGUUGGCAAAUCCAAUGAGAAAUCAAGCUCAGAUUGCUUUUAUCCAGGAUGUUGGGAGGCUACCACUGAAAAGACAUCUUGGGAGGUUAAAGCUUGAAACACUUACUGAUAAAGAUCCUGGUAUACCAGACUUAUUUGUUAGCUCCGAGGGGGAUGGUGCUGAUGCUUAUGCUGUGGAGGCGGCUGCAGAGGUGGAGAAAACCACGACAGAUGAGGAUGAAUCAGGUGGAUUCCCUCUCUCUUCUAGCCAGUGCAGUGGAAGUGAACUACCUUGCAGUCAGCCCCGGCCUGUUGCAGCUCAAGCAAUCAUGGAAGAAGACGAAUUACAAAUAGAUGAAUACGAUAGUGACUGAGUACUACAAGACUGUACUGACUACUAACUUCCUUGAAUGAAUUCUUACGCUGGAGAGGCUUUUGCUAAAGAGAGUAAGGUCUGACCAAUACUGCUUUAGGUACCUAGGCUUGGCCUCCCAGCCUACCUAAAUGUGCUGUGUCAGCAUCAAGACGGCUCUCUUCAGUGUCACAUUGCAGUGUCAGUCCUGAGCUGAGUACUAAAUUACAGGCUAUUCAUUGCCUCUACUGAGCCAUGAAAUAACCUAUACUGAAAAAGAGGAUAAUGAAUGAUGACUGAAAUUAGUUUGAGACUGUAGACAAGCAGUGUCACAUUGAAAUUAUUUUUAUUUUUUACACGUUUUAAUUUGGUUUGCAGUUGUACAGUGUGUUUUCUGAGUACAUGUUUGAAAAUCUGUCAGCAUUUGAAGGUUUUAUUAAAAUUCAUACCUUCAAAAAAAAAAAAAA